GUUGCUAUUGAAUCCAGCCUUCUCAAUGCUGAGAGUCUUGCAUCCGCAAUCAUGAAGGAUACGACCGUUGUAACUCUUCCCGACAUGUUUAGGUGCUUUCUGGUUCAGGAACCAAAGGCCAACGACCAAUACCAAUCAGUAAAAGUAGAGUCGGAAGAAUGGCUUGCGCGAAUGUGUGGCUUCCUACCUAGUAUGCGCAAGAAGAUUGACGCAUGCGACUUCUCAUGGUUCAUCUCUAUAGCAGCGCCCGACGCUCCCCCAGAGAGAUUGAAGACUUUGUGUGACUGGGGCAAUUGGGUGUUUCCCUAUGAUGACCUGUUCGAUUCUGGCUACCUGAGAACUGAUCUCCUCGCAUCUAAACUCGUACUCGAUAGCCUCAUGGCUGACAUGAUGGGAAAUCAAUUCAUUGGACAUAAACUCCCAAUUGUCAAAGCGCACGAUGAUAUAUACAGGAGGCUUCGAGAAGCCUCCUCCUUCGGGACCCAAAGGCGAUUUGCUCGUGCCAUGCGGCAUUACACGCUAGGCGUUGCAGACCACGUCGAGCAUUUUACUUCCAAUCACACGCCAUCUCUGGAAGAGAUGCUGCAGACAAGACAGCUUUCCGUUGGUGUCGUACCACUCUACCACUUGAUCGAGUACGCUCAUGAUCUUCAGCUUCCGGACGAGGUCUUUGAGGAUCCUGUUAUUCAGACGCUGGAGCGCCUCGGAGCCGAUUUUGUGAUUCUUUCCAACGACAUUCUCUCAUACCGCAAAGAAGAGGGUGAGGACUGCCCUUUCAACAUGAUCGCUGCUUGUCGUUUGGCCGGAAAGUCUCCUCAAGAAGCUUUCGAUACGGUGGGCGCUAUGCUCGAGCAGCGCUACAUACAAUGGGAUCAGGCGAUACAAUGUCUCCCUAGCUGGGGUGCUGAGGUCGACGUGCAAGUCAACCGCUACGUUGAAGGUAUCCAAAACGUUGUCCAAGCCAACAUCAGCUGGAGCUUCCGCUCCAAGCGCUAUCUGGGCGACAAAGCCAGGGAAGUCCGCCGUACCCGCAAGAUCGAAGUUAUGACUAACCCUCCAUACCUUCGGACUGCAAGAACCAGUAUUCCAGAGAUUGUAAUUUGA